AUCUGCUUUGUGACGGUGCUGCACUGCGGUGUGAUUGCCCGUGGACUGGAGGAAAUGCCCAGAGAGCGAGAAAAGGUCCUGCCGCUGUUGGUCCGUGAGAACACGGGGAAUCCCAACGUGGCGCAACAGGUUCGAAGCUCGGAGAGGGUGGCGAAGAUUCUCCGGGAAAGGUCCAUCUUCGCAAAUACCUCCCAGGAAUUCCUGGCCGAGAUCCUGAAUUUUGGCACCGUGCGGGUCUUUAUGCCCGGCGACCGUAUACUUCAGCAGGGCGCAGAAGGGAACUCCAUGUUCAUCCUGUCUUUGGGCCUGGCACAGGUUGUCAAGGAGACCUUAGAGGAGCUGGACGGCUCUGUUGUCAGGAAUCUCUACUUCAUCGGUGGCCUCACCUAUGGCAGCGUCUUUGGGGAGCUGGUCAUGUUGGGCGUUCAGGCGGAGCCGCUUCAAAUGGCGAAAUAA